GAGCUUGGCUUCGCACCUCAGACCAAUCAGCGAUCCCCGCUAGGCUCCCCCCUCCCCCCCCUCGUGUGCCGGCCGACGCCAUGUUUCAAGGGCAGCGGGGUUGGUUCUGCGGCAGCGUCGGCGAGGAACUGAGGCAGUUCUGGGUGGACGAAGGGGGCUCCAUCAGUGACCCAAGGGCUGCCGACUUCUUGUUCAGCUGUGAUGCCUCCCACCCAGACACGCUGAGAAUAUAUCAGAGCCUUGAUUACAUAGAAGACAAUGCUACAGUUUUUCACGCCCACUAUCUCUCUGCAGUCGCUAAUGCUGAAAUAAAAAACUCGGUGACUUUAGGUCAUUUCAUUCUUCCCCCUGAGUGCUUGCAAAAAGAAAUAAGAAGAAAACUUGGUAAUUUUAUUUGGGAACAAGACCAACAUUUUCAGAUAGAAAAGCAUUAUGAAGUAACACCAAAUGAAAUAAAAGCCCUUAGGGAAAACAGUGAACUAGAAACAGAUCGCAAAAAAGAAUUAUCCAAAAGCACAGAAAAACAUUUUAUAAGGACUCCAGUUACAGAAAAGCAGAUGUACUUCCCUCUUCAGAAUUAUCCAGUAAACAACAUGGUAACAGGUUAUAUAUCAAUUGAUGCCAUGAAGAAAUUCCUUGGGGAGCUACAUGACUUUAUUCCUGGAAGCUCAGGAUAUUUGGCAUACCAUGUUCAAAAUGAAAUUAACAUGUCUGCUAUAAAAAACAAAUUGAAGAGAAAAUGUUAAAUUGUCUUUAUAUCUAGGCAUUUAUUUUUUAUAAAAUAUUACUAAAGAUGUGCAUAAUUUUACAUUCUCUCCUUUCAUACAGGGGGAGGGGAAUAUAAGGGAGAGUUCUGUUUCUCAAAAUGUAUCUUUAGGUAAUUCAGAAUCAUUCUGGCUCCAUGAUUUGACAUUUUGGCUCGAUUUUUUCCCCACCUUAUAAGGCUAUGUACACAGAUUCUGAUUACACAGUUGUUAUGGAGUAACUGUAAUUGAAACACUUCAUAAGAAGUCUCAGUCUUUCUGUCAGCUGCUCUUUUGCCUUUAACAUUCUAUUAUAUAUGUUUUUCUAGGUUCAAUGUUGUAAAUGCUAAGUUUUAUGAUUCUGAUCAUCUUAUUUUGAUUUUAAAAAAUUAGAAUGUUAUCGUUGAGUUCUGAAUUAUUGUUUCUGACUUGAAAAAUAUGGAGUAAAACAUUUUAAUGAUUCA